AUGGAGUUGAAAGUUGUGUUGGACAGAAAGUUGGCAAUUAAGAUUGAUAUCACACGUUACAAUGUCGAUAAUAAAAGUAAUCUUUAUGGGAUAUCAAGAUUAACCGAGAAUGCAGACAUAAUUGAUGAAUUGGAAAAAAAUAAUCUUACUCCACAGCCUGCUAAUUCUGAUUCAUUCUUGAUUGGUUAUUCAGAUGUUGGUUCUCAUGACACCAAAGUUCUCAAGGAUUCUUUUUCACAGACCGGUGAAAAUUUAACUCCAUGUGCUAGGGACAAGUCAACUGCAACAAGUCCUAUAAAAUUCAUUUCUACACCAAUUGAGUUGAAAAGAAACCUUGCUACAUGCAUAGAUAUUGAUGAAAUGGAGAAUUUGUCUACUUCUAAAAAUCCUAGACUGUCACCACCAGAUGAACAACCAACUCCUCUUUUGGUACCCAAGAAAGAAAAGUAA